CCCGAGCAGGGACGCUCGCAGAUCAAACCCAAAGAAAAGAAAAGACGAUUUUGCACCCAGAAAUGUCUCCUGGGUCUAAGAAGACGCAGCACACUGGAUGACAACUGUCCGAAUGUGGCAUUGCACCGAGGAGAGGACAAUAGCAAAUUCCACCUGACCAAUACCACAGGUUUGAUUCGACUUCUUAAAGACCAGCUCGAUAGGGACGUUAACUGCAUCAAGCCAAUGGCAGGCUGUGGAUCAGCUGGAGCGCCAUUCAAGAUCACCUGCGAGCGAUUCGGAUACACCGUGGUAGGAAAAGGAACCACUUGUUACGUAUGGCCGCAAGUGUCGGCUGAAGAAGACGUGUACCGGGUCCUUGCAUCUCUUCAGGGAUCAGUGGUGCCUGUAUUCUUGGGUAAGAUUGACUUGGAAAAGAGCUAUUUUUUACUUGAAGUAGGAGACGUCCGCCACAUGCUACUGAUGAGCUACGGAGGCGACACGAUCAUGGCGGCCGACAUAGACCCUUGGGUCAGGGAUGAAAAAGUAGAAGAGGCGGUGGCGAGUAUCUCUUCCCUGGGGGUUAGGCACAGGGACCUCCACUCCGCCAAUAUUCUGUGGAAUAAAGAACUGAGAGAAGUUAUGAUUAUCGACUUCAACCUUUCGGAAUUGAGCCCUGAAGUUGCAACAAAGAAGAAGAGG